GUAACUAGUAUAGUUUAAAAAACAGUCCCGCUUAAUAACUAGAACAUUCCGCUUAACUUAACGUUAAUCAUGAAGUACGAUAACUAACCAUAAGUUAUAACUAUAAGAAUAUAUUAAGUAAGCUGACUAGAUCUUCAACUGAUACUUAAGACAAUAGAAAAUGUAUUUUGCAACUAUAUUUACAGCUUCAACCAGUUCAAUAACUAUACUAGCCAUCCUAAUCCAUCUGCCCUGCUCUAAAGUUUUGGUGUGUGACAGCCAAACACAAAACAAAAGGAAAAAAAAAGUGGUGGUUGACCUGGCGUUCGGGAAGCACAGCAGCUGCCUCUGCUUGAUUUGGGAAACCCCGCGCCAAGCAUCAUCACUCCACCUAAGCCCACCAAAGAGGGGAAGCCACCUUCGACCCGAACAGCCUGAAUCACAGCCUGUCGGUCAUGUGUGGAACGAAAAGACUUCGUCCCACCUGUCCGCAUGCGAGAUGGUUGUGUGACAAUGUCUGGGAAAUGUCAAUGUCUCUUCGGACGCUCGGGCCUUAAAGAUCCGAAACUUUCUGCUGGUCGGACAACAUCGACUUCUCACCC